AUGACCUCCACAGCAGCCAAAGAGGCUAUCAACAACGAAUAUAACAGUCCAGUUGAUGUUGAGAAACAGAAUCCAGCUGGUUCCUCUAUAGCUGAGACUCCUAAAUCCCUAGGAGCAGGGUCUGCAUUGGCUCUUGGAGCGUUUGGCACGACACUGACGACUCUCUCGCUGAGUCUAAUGGAAUGGAGAGGUGUCACCACGACAAAUGUCUACGUUGCGAAUUUCUUCUUCAUCGCAGCAUUUGGGCUGGUGGUCACCGCGCAAUGGGAGUUAUCUAUCGGGAAUGGCUUCGCAUAUACUGUUUUCAGUGCAUUUGGUCUCUUCUAUGCCGGUUACGGUGCUCUCCUCACGCCUGCGUUCGGCAUAGAACAAGCAUACGGCAAUGACACGACCCAAUAUAAUAAUGCGGUGGGCUUCUUCAUGAUUCUGUGGACAGUCUUCGUUUUCACAUUUCUCAUCGCCUCGCUUCCCAGCAAUCUGGCCUAUAUUUUGGUCUUUUUCCUAGUUGAUCUUGGUUUCCUCACGGUCGCGGCAAGCUACUUUGCUGAAGCGGACGGCCAUUCUGCCGCUUCUACUGCGCUGAAGAAAUCGGGCGGAGUGUUUUGUUUUCUUGCUGGCUUGGUGGGGUGGUAUAUUGUUUUCCAUUUGCUGCUAAAGGACUCACUUCUGGAUCUGCCCUUGGGUGAUACUUCAAGAUACUUUGGGAAGACGAAGAAGGGCGAGUAG